CAAUAAUGACAGUUGUGACAUCGCGACUUUGACACUUCUUAUCAAAACAGCAAUUACGCAUACCUCAACAAUGUAACACAGUCCCCGGUUUCCCCAAAAAGUGCGAAUUUAUAAUGCGUAUCGCUUAUUUAUUUUAUUGACCCAGUUUGAUAUGUUUUCAUGUACAUUCCGCCCCGUCCUAACCUAACUACGAUGGCUCACAAUUCAGAUAAUACUCACCCAAGACUGUUGAUGACCCAUUCUAGUAGCAUUCCGAGCUUCCAGCGGCGCACCGCGGACGGUGCGAGACAGCUUCGUGACAACUUCAAUAACGUAAUUCGCGAAAUUCAGCCCCUGGUGGAGACCGCCCGGACCGUGAACGCAGGAGUGCAGAAUGCCAUCUCGAUGACGAAUUUUCUGAACAGGCCGCAAGAAUUACCCCAGAGUAGUAGCGAUAAUAGUUUUGUGAUAGACUUGGAUGUGAAUCAGGAGCCCGAGCCGAGCGUGGAGAGAGGGAAUAAUAAUAACGAAGACUUGAAUAAUGUGGAGAGGGCGCAGACUGUGGCUGAAGCGCAGCAGUUUCUGCAAGUGGUUCUUCAGUAUGUGCCGUUUAUUUUGAUCCUGUUGGCGAAGGCUGUGUACGAUUAUCACGAUUCUAUUUUUAUUUUGGUGAUUUUGUUUGCGACUUUUGCGCAUACGAAUUCCGCUGUGAAGAAGGAGACUACAAAGAGGGAUAGGAGGAGUCUGGGGACUUUGGCCAUCGAGUUGUUGUAUAUUUUUGCUUGCUGUGUUUUUGUACAUUAUAUUUUUGAGGAUGAAAUGAGUAACUACAAUGUGGUGUUCCAUCUGGUUUUGAUCCGGACUUUUACUGAACCACUCACAGUGGGGAAGUUGUUGUGGAUCGUCACGAUUACGGAUUUCGCGCUCAAGCUGGUCACUGUGACGGUUAAGAUUUUGUUAACUAUGCUUCCAGAGAAAAUCGUCCCGUUUCAGAAAAGGGGGAAGGUUUAUCUUUUUAUUGAAGCCAUUUCUCAAAUGUACCGCAGUAUUGCCACAAUACAGCCUUGGUUGCAUUAUCUUCUGGAAUCAUACCAAGGCCCGGAAAAAAUCGUAGCUGUAUUUUUAUCCGCGUUUUAUAUGAUAUCUAAAGGGACUGACUUAAUGUCGAGAAUGAGGCUCCUGAAGUCCUCCUUUUUCAAGUUGCUCCAAAAUGUGACGGUGGGUUCUUCGCCCAGCAAGGAGCAAAUCCAGACCGCAGGAGACCACUGCCCCAUUUGCCACGACGAGUACGACUCCCCUGUUCUCCUCCAAUGCAGACACAUCUUCUGCGAGAAUUGCGUCACCACAUGGUUUGACCGAGAGCAGACGUGUCCUCUAUGUCGCGCGAAAAUCGUAGAUGACCCAUCAUGGAGAGACGGUUCUACUUCAUAUUUUAUACAACUGUACUGAUUUAUUCUCAUUAUAUAUUUAUAACAUGUU